UUGUUCCUCUACGGCCAAGGAGGUGGUAAUUACUUUCUCCUUGGUUCUUUCUCUAUCAUUGCUGAUCAGUUCUAAAGCCUCCAGCAACUGGGAAAGCAUGAAUUUAACUAUCCUCCUCAUCAUGUUUGGAACUGUGAUAGCUCAAAGCAUAUCUGAAGCUAUGUUUCCCAUCCUCUAUGACUGCUGCACAGAAGUAGCUCAUCAUAUUCCCAGAAGGUGGCUAAGAAGAAACGUGUUAAUGUUUGAGAUCCAGAAGGGAGGUGACUUGUGCAAAAUACCAGCUGUGAUCCUUUACACACGGCACAAAAAGCUGUGUGCAAGUCCACAGAAUAGAAACGUGAAGAAGUGGAUGAAGCAGAAGGUCGAGAGUCACGAAAAGAUGGGUCAUCAAACCAGGAAGAAAAACAAAGGCAAAAAGAGAAGAAAAAAUAUGAAGGAGCACUAACAUGUGGAUUGCUGAAGCCAACAUGAAGAUACCACCAUCUGUACUCUCCAGUAAAUUCAGCACAUAUUGCA